UCUCUCAUUGUCUUUCCCAUAGAGAUAAUUUUUCUAGAACCUCAACUCACCUGGCUGAGUAGAGCUGGAACCCCCUGAAUUUGCAGUGGGCCUGUAGUCCAGCUCUCUGCUCUGGUCCUCUCCUCCACCUGCUUUAGAGUUUUUCUUCUCCUGCACCGCAGCCUGGCCUCCCCAGACGUCCUUCUAUUAUACCUCAGGACAGCCAGAGCCUGUUGGCUAAUGCCAGAGGGCUGAUCGAGUUCAGGGAUCCGGUUCUGUUGCAUUGGGCCACGCAAGUUAUUCCGACACCUAAGACGUGAAUCUGUGUGCUCUAUGGCUGGUGCUGAGGUGCUGGGAGAAUCAGAAGCUUCUUCAGCAUGACCUGCGUGACCAGCAUGACUGCGAUGGCUCUGGAGGAGGGACAGCACCCUGCAGAAUAUCAGAGCUACAGGGCUCAUUGUCUUCUGCCUAGCAGAGCAGGUCAUCUCCCAACCACAGAUGCUGGAGGAGCUCAAGUGCUGGCCACGGGCAAGUCCGCUGGGGCCGAAACUGAUAUCAAAUACGCCCUCAUCGGGACGGCUCUGGGCGUCGCCAUAUCGGCCGGCUUCCUGGUGCUGAAGAUCUGCCUGAUCAAGAAGCACUUGUGGGAUAAUGAAUCCACAGACCAGAGGAGCACGAACCCGGACCCCAAUGACACCACCGUGCGAAAGAAGAGAGGCCCAAGGUCGAACCUCCAUUUUUCUGAAAGAGAUGCACAAGUGAUUGAGCUGUAAGUGAGCGGCUUCUUCAGGAGGGGUUGGCAGUCUGGACAACUGUCCACAUUUGCAGCCUUGGGGACAUCUUGAAUUUGAGUGUCCAAAGCUGGUGAUAGACCUUCAUAUGGAACUCAGUGUCCAGGGCAAGUAACAGAAUGAACAGAAGCUACGGUACCUCUGUCCUGAAGGAAACUAUUGCUUCUCUCUUCAAGAAGCUGAGUGUAUAGAGGAAGGCAUGAGGACUUGAUCCAGCAGUAAGAAAGGAUGGAAGCCAGUAAAUCCUCACUGCCUAUCCCGGUCCCCCAUGUUGGAGCUGUUCAUGCUUCUGCGAUGGCAUUGUGUCCAUGUCAAUGGAACCUACACACAGCCAAUGGCUCAUGGAAUGAGAACCAACUCAAGACAUAGCCUCUUUAGCACCACCAUCUUAGCAAUGGUAAGCAGCAUUUUCUAGAGCUGUUGGCCUCGCUUUCUUAGCUGCCAGAAGAAUCCCCCUGUGAACAUUCAGGGCCCUGAAACAUGGACGCCGUGAGACAGUCUCCAUUCCUAUAAAAGAAAGACUGACUUUCCAAAGGAAGGAAUAGCAGGCUGGGCUGGAGUGAGAGGAAAGGUCUGACAGCCAUGGAAUGAGCCUACAGCUCUUCGAUUGAUGGAGUCCACAAAGGAUUAAAUGAGACAGCAGACGCCAUGCCUUGUAGAGAGCUAUACAAAUGUAAGUGACUCUUGUUAUGAUUAAAGAAUGAUUUUGUGGUUAUUAUUACAACGUGCAUGCCUUAUCAUGGAGGACACUACUGGCGGAAGCUUAGGAAACCCACGUCUUUUUAUUAUUGCCAUAAACCUAAGGUUCUGUGGCAUCAGGCCCAUUAACAUCUCUCUCUCCUGUAAUAUUAACCCUGGAUUUCUGGCGCUGCAUCACAGACUGCUCUGUGCAUUUCCAUUCAACGGAAAUCUGGGUGGUUGUAUGGACUGCUUCUCCUCAGAUUAGGUUAUUCUGCUUGUGUGUGAUGAAAGAUGAGCUAUAUUUCAAAAUAAAGUGCUGUGUUAUAAUAAUUUGCCUGGAUUCCCAGGACGUCUUUUAUCUGACUUGAUAACAACGUAGUUCAUUAGCAGCCUUUGCUAACUGAUAACCUAAAGCAGUAACACAAUACUCAUAAGCGAUUUUCUGUGUGUAAGAUAGAAUAAACCAUCUUGUAAGGUAUCUGUUAAUUGAUUUGCUUCUUUUAGCAGCAUUUUAAUUAAGACAUCUGGGUUGUGAAUGGCAGAGACACUUGUGAACUGAAGGUGAAUACUUCCGGAAUCUCAGUCAUCAUUUUAUUUCCUAUAGACUCAACGGAACCAUGGGUCCUCUCCCCCAUCCCAUGUCACGACACUUUCUCCCAGCUCCGCUCCUGGGCUCUGGUUUCGUGUGAGCCGC